AUGGUAGAAAGUACCUAUGCGAGUGAUUCGCCCAGAUCGCGUUCUCCGAUGACGGAGCCGUCGAGUCCUCUUCAAGAUGGUCCCGGAAUAUCCGGCUACGGUCAUCGAUAUCUCUACAAUUAUUCGCCAGAGAGCUUGCAGCACAAGCUGAAGAACAACGACGAGCAGAACAAUGUGACUGUAAGGCGACACGACAUCGAUGGACGAGAAAGAACGUUUUCCAGGAGUCCAUUGAGCUCCGACGAGGUGCGAUUCAGACCACGCGAGGUUUCCAGACCGAGUUCCUCGGCAACUAUGUCCUCUCCCACGUCCGCCUUCACCAUCGAGAAUAUCUUAGCACCUAGACCUAUGGGAAACAUAACUCCCACCAGCACCAGCGGCCUCGGAUCCAUUAUUCAAAACCCGGAAGUCGUGGGAUCGCCAUCGAGGGCCAUGCAUCCUCUUCAACAACAGAUCCAUCAUCUCGCGUUUACGUCCGCCGACUUGUUUGCCGCAGCAUAUCCUACUUUAUAUUCCGGCGGCUACGUGGCAGCAAUGGCAGCUGCCGGCGUUUCGCUUCACGGUCAACCGGCCUUCUAUCACGCAGCUCAUCCCUAUCAAAUAAAUCCAAACGCCGCGGCGGUAGGACCCAUGGCGAAGAGGAAGCGUCGCCAUAGGACGAUAUUCACGGAGGAACAGCUAGAACAACUGGAAGCCACCUUCGACAAGACACAUUACCCUGACGUGAUAUUGAGGGAACAGCUCGCGCUUCAGGUCGAUCUCAAAGAAGAGAGAAUCGAGGUGUGGUUCAAGAACCGGCGUGCCAAGUGGCGUAAACAGAAACGGGAAGAACAGGAACGUAUGCGGAAACUUCAACUGGAGCAACGUCAGCGUGCCGAUGACAACGUUCCAACGCCUGCGGUCAAAGUAGCCGAACAUUUGACGUUGACCAGACAGCAACAGCAACAGCAACAACACGAACAGGACACCGACAGCUCGGAUCUCGAAGUGGCGUAGUCAAAAUAUCGAUUGUAAAACCUUUUUUCCUAUUUCUUUUCGUUUCCCUUUCUCUUUUUAUUUCGCCGACGGUCGAAAAGAUUUGAAACAUACAGGU